AUGUAUGGUAUCCCCUCAGGAGGUACUAAGCAACAAGUACUACGGCCUCGGAUGAAAGAGAUAACGGACUUCCGAAUUGGAACCUGGAAUGUGCGAUCUUUGUUUAGGACUGGAGCUUUGACGACAUCUCAAUCGUGUCUUGAGCGAUACGAGAUGGAUAUAACUGCUAUUCAAGAAGUAAGAUGGACAAGUUCAGGGAGCUUGAAGUCUCAAGGAAUGACUCUGUUUUACAACGGUGAAGAUAAACACGAACGAGGUGUAGGGUUUAUAAUUAAAGACAAUAUUGCCACGAAGAAGUUAAACGAAUUACAGCAGCAAAUAGAUGCUACUAUAGUCUAA